CACAGGGUAUCCAUCUUCCCCAGGGUUCCCCAGCCGCCCUGGGCGCUGCCCAGCGCCUCCUACCGCUCUACUACCUGAGAGGGCCUUACAGACCACCCACAGAAGGAACUGACAACAAACCGGAAGGUGGUCCACCAUUCAAGUUUCUGAUUGGCUCCUUGACGCUUUCUUGCUCCCAAAGAUCUCCGGGAAAUGGAGUUUUCUGGUGGUUGAAGGCGGUUGAAGGCGGGAGCAGCAGGAGUAAAAGAAGCGAUAGGGAUUGGCCACUUGCUAUUGGCCAACGGCCGGUGACGUUCGAAAGAGCCUAGCCUAUCCAAAGAUUCCUCACUUUUCUCGGACAGCAGUUGAGAGGGAAGUGGGACGGGGGAACUGCUUUGCAUGCUGGGAAGCAUAGUUCAGCUAAGAUCACUAACCCUAGCCCCGCAACAGCCACAGGCUCGUCAGUAGGAACUACAAUUCCCACACAGCCCCUCUCUUUCCUGGUUCAUUCCAGUAGCCCCCGCUUCCUCCCAACACUUCCGGGAUUCUUAGUCUGCGAGGCUGCCGCCUCUAACGGAGAACUUCAUUUCCCAGAGGUCCUUGCGCGCGGCGAGCCCCUCCAGGCUCCUCCCCGUCGUCGGGCGCCAUUUUGUUCUGCCUACAGCAGGCCUAAGAUGGCGGCGGGCGAGAGGGUGAAGGUUGCUGGGCUCUAGUCCGCCCGCCGCCGAUUUCGGCUCGGCUGGCCUCGGCUCGGCUCGGCCUUGCCCCGGCCCUGCGCGGCCGAUGGGCGGGGAGCGGCGCGCGCCAUGGAUCUGCGCACGGCCGUGUACAACGCGGCGCGCGACGGCAAGCUGCAGCUGCUGCAGAAGCUGCUGAGCGGCCGCAGCCGGGAAGAGCUGGACGAGCUGACCGGGGAGCCGGCGGCAGGGGCGGCUGGGGGUCCGGCCGCCGGGGGCACGCCGCUGCUCAUCGCCGCCCGCUACGGCCACCUGGAUGUGGUGGAAUACCUGGUGGACCGCUGCGGCGCCAGCGUGGAGGCGGGCGGCUCGGUGCACUUCGACGGCGAGACCAUCGAGGGCGCACCGCCGCUGUGGGCCGCCUCAGCGGCCGGGCACCUGGGCGUGGUGCAGAGCCUGCUGCGGCGCGGCGCCUCGGUGAACCGCACCACGCGCACCAACUCCACGCCGCUGCGCGCAGCCUGCUUCGACGGGCACCUGGACGUGGUGCGCUACCUGGUGGGCGAGCACCAGGCCGACCUGGAGGUGGCCAACCGGCACGGGCACACGUGCCUCAUGAUCUCCUGCUACAAGGGCCACUGCGAGAUCGCACGCUACCUGCUGGAGCAGGGCGCGCAGGUGAACCGGCGCAGCGCCAAGGGCAACACGGCCCUUCACGACUGUGCCGAGUCCGGAAGCCUGGAGAUCCUGCAGCUGCUCCUGGGCUGCAAGGCGCGCAUGGAGCGGGACGGCUACGGCAUGACCCCACUGCUGGCCGCCAGUGUCACCGGCCACACAAACAUCGUGGAGUACCUCAUCCAGGAGCAGCCCGCCCCCGAGCUCCAAGUCCAGCCCAAGCUGCAGCAGCAGCAUGAGGAGGAACCCGCCAUGCCCAGCGCCAUGCCCAGCACCAGCCGGGGGCCGGAGGAGGCCCAGUCCCCUGAGCCAUAUGAGAGCUGCUGCCCCACCAGCCGAGAAGCCGCAGUGGAGGCCCUGGAAUUGCUGGGGGCCACGUUCGUGGACAAAAAGAGGGACCUACUGGGCGCUCUCAAGUAUUGGAGGAGGGCCAUGGAGCUACGGCACCAGGGCGGGGAGUAUCUGCCCAAGCCCGAGCCUCAACAGCUAGUCCUGGCCUACGAUUAUUCCAGGGAAGUGAAUACCACUGAAGAACUGGAAGCCCUCAUUACCGACCCCGAUGAGAUGAGGAUGCAGGCCUUGUUGAUCCGGGAGCGUAUCCUGGGCCCCUCCCAUCCGGACACUUCCUACUACAUUCGCUACCGAGGGGCAGUAUAUGCAGACUCGGGCAACUUUGAAAGGUGCAUCCACUUGUGGAAGUAUGCCCUAGACAUGCAGCAAAGCAACCUAGAACCUCUGAGCCCCAUGACAGCUAGCAGCUUCCUGUCUUUCGCAGAACUCUUCUCCUAUGUGCUGCAGGACCGAACCACCAAGGGCAGCCUGGGUACCCAGAUUGGCUUCGCUGACCUCAUGGGUGUGCUCAGUAAAGGAGUUCGAGAAGUAGAGAGGGCGCUACAGCACCCGAAAGACCCCGGUGACUCUGCACAGUUCACCAAAGCACUAGCUAUCAUUCUCCACCUAAUCUAUCUUUUGGAAAAAGUGGAGUGUACCCCAGAACAAGAGCACCUCAAACGUCAGACUGUCUACAGGCUUCUCAAAUGCAGUCCCCGAGGCAAAAACGGCUUCACCCCUUUGCAUAUGGCUGUGGACAAAGACACAACUGCUGUGGGCCGCUACCCCGUGGGCAAGUUCCCUUCUCUGCACGUGGUGAAUGUGUUAUUAGAAUGUGGAGCUGACCCAGACAGCAGGGACUUUGACAACAACACCCCGUUGCACAUAGCCGCCCAAAACAACUGCCCCCUGAUCAUGAGUGCCCUGAUGGAGGCUGGUGCCCACAUGGAUGCAACUAACGCCUUCAAGAAAACCGCCUACGAGCUGCUGGAUGAAAAGCUCCUCAGCAAGAGUUCCAUGCAGCCCUUCAACUACAUUACCCUCCAGUGCCUUGCAGCCCGUGCCCUAGACAAGCACAAGGUCCCGUACAAGGGUUUCAUCCCUGAAGAACUGGAGGCUUUCAUUGAACUGCACUAAAGGGGGGGAGGGGGUAUCCCUCACCAUCACUCCUUGCUCAGUCAUCCUCAGCGGAGAGGGAGGUACCAGGGCUUUAUAGCACCUUGCAUUUCCCACCUUCCCAGAUGGUGUGGGAUGGCUUCUGGUAAAAUGUGCCUCAGGGGCGGGGUCUAGAGCUUCCAUAUUCCCCAUUAACUUCUCCUUUGAGUGAGAAAUCUGGAGUUAGUACACCAUAAAGGCCUUCAGGGAAGUGCAGCAGGAGAGAUACCUUCCCUCAAUUCACUUGUUAGAAGGGAGAAAGAUGUGCAAGUUCAUUUAUGAGUUCUGUCUUUUCCUGUCUUCUCAUGUGCUAGGAGGCUUUCGUUGAUCUUACCCUAGGGGCAAAGGGAUGGAAGCCAUUGCCUUCCCAACCUACUGGAACGGGGAGAUAGAAGCAGAAGGUGGCGUAUUCCCCCCUUUCCCCCUCGGAUGCCCGAUGAACUCAGCUGUCAGGGCUCUUGACUAGCCAUCUCCUGACUGAUGGGUCUUAGUGGCACAAUUUUGCAAUUCAAGAAGCAAGGCAAUUUCUCUCUUCCAGUUUGCCCCCAACUACUCUGUGUUGUCCUAGUUACCAUGGAGUGGGAGUCAGCUGGAGCCCAAUAGAACUGGCCACCACUUAACACAGCUUUCAGUUGGUUUGGUUUUUAUUUUUCUGGUGGCCAGGUCACAAGUAUUGUGCAGAAGUCCUAAGAUUUUGCUGCCUGUUUGUGAGGCUGGAUUUCUGUGCUUCCCCCCACCCCCACUGACAGAUCUGUUUAGUUUAAAGCAGUAUUUGUUUUGCAGUCCUUGGAACAGGCAGUGCAGGCCAAAAUGGUACGUGCAAACUUGUGUGUUGCUUUACAUUUCAGAUGGAACUCUGUGGCUUCGGUCCAUGAAGCUCUAUAGACAAUUCCAUUUUUAAAACCUCAUUCUACUCUUUGCACAUGGGCCCCCAAUUUCUCCACUCUCAGUAGGAGAGCCCUUAACUCUUUUGCUUAAAAACCAUGAACCAACACUAUUUAGAGGAGCUGUGCUCAACACCAGUUCUCUGAUACAGGAAUAGCUGCCGGAGCUUCGUUUUUUUCCUACCCAAUGUCACAGUCUCCAUGCCCAUUUUGUCAUUUAAUUGAUAGACUCCUUGAGUUGGGGGCUGCAAUUGUUUUAAAAGCCAUCUUUCAGAGCGGAUUCCGCAAGCAAGGUCCCACAUAGGGCAUAUAGUUUAAUAAAGUAAAUGCAAUUAGAAUGUGGGUAUUAGGCCAUCAGUGACAGGCUUUAAACUCGAGUUUGCAGAAAGCCGUUUCCCGUAGCCCAGAGUUAAGUGCUGGCCAAGAGCAGGUGGUCUUGGAGAAUGUGCUGUCACGGGUUUUUUCUCAGGAGAAAUGACUGAUUACAAGAGGCUUUGGCAGGCAGCAAGGAGAUUAUUGGCCGAGCCAAAGUGAAAGUCUAGCGGAAAAGGUUAAACAGCUGUCCCCCUUCAUUUUUGGAGAAAGGUCAGGCUCAGGAGAGUGAAGUUUUGACACUAAUCCACUGUACUGCAUAUGCUAAAAGCCACCAUUAGAUUAGUGUUUGCAGGCCACCAAAGACCAGGAUGCUGAUAAUCUGAUGCCCUGCCCCUUUAAGGAAACCAGGUCUGUCAUUUAGUUUUGCAGUGUUAAAGUAUAAAUUGAUUUAUUUAUAAGACAGCUUAACUUCUAUCAAGGUGGAAAAUGCAGUUAAUGUUCUCACUGGAAUGCAGAAUAAACAAAAAAAAAUAAGCUUGUUUAAUGUGUGAGCCUAAGCUCCUAUAUUUAAGUAAUUAAAAAGAAAAGGCACUAGACUGACUUGCCUGGGAAUUCCUUGGUGAUUGCUGGUUUGUGUGGCAAAGGGGGCUGGUAGGGUGGGUAAGUGGGUUGGAUAGGGGAGGGGGCCUCUGCCCAUUCUAGCUCGGCCUUGGAUUCCAGGACUAAGACACCUCUCAUCCCCUAUUCCCCCCAGCCCCGGACUCCAUGGUGGUACAUACCAUAUAAAUAACUGGUCAGGAGGUCUGGUUGUAAAAAGAUUUCUUUUGUCCCCUUGGACUUUAUUUAUAAUCCAUUGGCUAAUGGAGUCUUAAGGCUUCAAAGAACCUCAGAAACUUAAACCUUCCCUCCUCCCACCCCUGCCUUUGGGUAAAAUUGUCCUGCAAAUUAGGAAGGUUAGCUCCAAUCAGAAACAACUUAGGGAAAUGUCUUAUCCAGGUGGUUGGUAGUGCUUCUGACAGGCUGGGGGUGAUAUCUUUGGACUGCUGGAUUUCACCUACUGGAUCUACAAUUCUCCAAUGUUGACUUCUGUCCCAAAAGAAAAGGCAUCUACCAUGUGUUUGGAUCUCAGGGGAAGGAGCUUCCUUUCUGAUGAACUCUAAAGUGAAGCCUGCCUAAUGACUAUUCCAGGAGCCCUGUCUCCCUGGAAAGGAUGCUAACUGGGGGAGAAAGUAAUCCCUUUCCCCACUUCAUGCCUUUUUACCAGCUUAAGUUGCAGCCUUAAACGUUGAUUUAUCCUAUUUUUACACAGAUUGAUGUAGUAGAUUUUUUUCCCUAAAUUAGCCAUUCUGUAAGUUUGGUUUAAUUCUGAAAAUCAGAUCCUAGCCCCUCUGUAGUCAGUAAUGUUCACAACCUUUCUCACUGUGAUAGAGGCUGUAAGAUGGUGAGGAUACAUGACCUAAUACCCAAAUAUUAAGAUGGGGUUCUACUGUUGCUUCCUAGUUCCGUGCACCUAACACUAUGAGUGUAACUGAGCCAACACCAUUACUGUGUAAAUUCCAUGCUGCCAUAUGUGUCCUGUUCCUUGAAAGAACUAUACAGCAGUGACCUAGUAUAUACCACUUUGACUACAAAAGAAAAAAAAGUUGCUUAUAUUAAGAUUUCUCCAAGCCAUUUUUCAGAAGGAAAAAAAAAAGACCUAAUUAACCUGGAAAGCUAUGCUUCACCAACAUAGAGGUCACAACUGCUCCUGAUUGGUUAACAGCCUUCAUUUGCAUGUCUUCCCUACCCCUCAAAGUCCAGUUUGGCUUGAGAAAAGAGCAGAUACUGGAUGCAUUCCUUUUUCCCACUUCACGAGCUGUCUCACUGAAUUCAUGGCAUGGAUUAUCUCAGGGACCCAAAUACCGGGACAAAAAAGACCCUUGAGAUUUUGUUGAAGCUCAAGCCUCGAAGGGCUCCACUUGUGUUGUUUUCCUCACCUGUAAAAUGAGGAUAAUACUAUCCUACCUCACAGGGAUGUUGUGUGGUAUUCAAGAUUGUAAAGUGCUUUUGACUUUAAAAAAAAAACAAAAACCCUAUUUGAUGCUAAGUACUUUUAUUUCUCAAGAAGUAACCUUCAAAAAGUGUGUACAUUUUUUUAAGAGUGUGUAUUAAAGAAUUAUGGAAUAUA